AAUUGACGAAUAGAAAAGCUGGUUAGCCUGCCCAAUCACGUUGAAUUGUGACAUCUUGGCGCACCAUCAUAUAUGUGACGCAAUCGCUGUUUUCUCCUUUCUGCACAUUUGCUAUGCUAUGCUCUUGAAAUUUCGCGACGACUCCUCUCCCUCUUGCCGCUCAAUUUCUUCCCAUAUUUCAAUUUCAAUUUAAUUUUCCAGCCCUUUAUCUCUUUCUCUACUCCACCCCAGAAAUAUUCCUGUUUCACAUCUUCUGUAUAUACGUGUAUCUAUAGCCGGUAUAUAAUUUGGACGGAGAAAUAGAAACGGCGUUGGGGGGUAUAGAGAUUGCUGGAAAUCGAGGUGAUUUUAAGAUCGCAGAAAAAAAAGAGUGAAAAAAUGUCAGCAAUCGUGGGUUCAAAGCAAGCGGAGCAACUGAAGCAAGAUGGCAACAGUUACUUUCAAAAGAAUCGAUUUGGGGCUGCCAUAGAUGCUUAUACUGAGGCUAUUACAUUGUGCCCUAAUGUUCCAAUAUAUUGGACUAAUCGUGCCUUGUGCCAUCGGAAGCGAAAUGACUGGCAAAGAGUGGAGGAGGAUUGUAGAAAGGCUAUUCAGCUCGAUCACAAUUCUGUAAAGGCCCAUUAUUACCUUGGUCUUGCAUUGCUACAAAAGGAACAGUAUGCUGAAGGUGUCAGGGAAUUGGAAAAGGUAAGCCAUCGUCUCUUUCACAUGUUUAAAUAUUUGUCUUGCAACUGUCUAUACAUCAAAUUGGUACUUAACUCUUCUGUGGCCGUGGCACUCUGUGGUGCCAAAAAUGAAAAUGAUAAAGUGACAAAGUAG